ACCCCGUGGAAGAGCGGGAGAGCGAACAUCAGCUGGAACAAGUCGCUCUGACGACUCUCUCCGCUCCGUCACGCCUCUUUGUUAGCAGGUUACCGACGCCGUGGUCCGCCACAUACCGACACGUCGUCUGCGAGCGCUUCGAGGACGCCUCUGAAUUCAGCAAUCACCGCCGCGUCUACAACAACCACACAGCAGCCAUGGUUGACAGGAAGACCCAGGGAAUGCUGGGCCAGCUGCUCGAGGUGGCCGAGCGCUAUGACGACAUGGUCAAAGCCAUGAAGGCUGUUGCAGAGUGUGCCUCCAGUGAGAAAACCGAGCUCACUAUUGAUGAGCGCAACCUUCUGUCCGUUGCAUACAAGAAUGCGGUGGGCGAGCGGAGGUCUUCCCACAGGGCAAUAUCCAACUGGCUCCGUGAAAAUAAAGACAAAGGUGAUUUACCACAGAUUAAGCAGGUCAAAGAGGAAGUCGAGAAGGAGCUCAACAAAAUCUGCUGUGAAGUACUGGAUCUGCUGGAUAAACACAUGAUCCCUUUCGCUGCUACAGCUGAAAGCAAAGUCUUCUACCUGAAGAUGAAGGGAGACUAUUACCGCUACAAGGCCGAGGUGGCUGGCGACAAUAAAGAAGACAUCAAAAAUUCAGAGGCUGCCUACCAGGCAGCCUUUGACGUCAGCGAGAAAGAAAUGUCGACCACAAAUCCCAUCCGCCUUGGCCUCGCUCUCAACUUUUCUGUCUUCUACUACGAGAUCAAGUGCUCACCCAAAGAGGCUCGCGAGCUGGCCAAGAAGGCAUUUGACGACGCCAUCGUGGACCUGGAAAGCAGCAACCCAGAGACUCAGAAAGACAGCACCUUGAUCUUGCAGCUCCUCAAAGACAAUCUGACCCUGUGGACAGCGGACGCUCAGCUGGACGGCGAGGGCGAAGGAGGGGAGCAGGUGGAGCAGGUGGAGCAGACGGAGCAGCCAACCGAGAAGUGAACCUCACCAAAACAAUAAUAAAGAUAAACUUUUACAAAAAAAAACCACAAAAAAAUUACCUCUCACCAGCCUAAGUUGUGUGUAUGUGUGUGAAUCUGUCUGCGUGUGCUCAGAUUUGUAUGUUUACACUCCACUCACAGUGUCUAAUACAGUAUAAAUGUGCUGAUACGUCUCCACAGAGAAAACGAUGGAAACAUUUUUUUCUUUUAAACAUCACUCAUGAUGUGAAACAGUGGAUGUUUUCUUUUUUUUUUCUUGUCCUUUAGGUCAGAAUGUGCCCCUUACUCCUGCCUCUAAUCCCCUGUAGCACACUGCUGCUGUAGGAAAUAGCAGAGAAGCCUCUAGUUGCAACUUCAAUCAUUUGUUUUUACUUGAAUUGAACUUGUACGGCCUUUAAGACAAUAGAAGCACACCACAUGGAAAUAACACAACACAGUGUCGGCAAUCAUGUCCUGUUUUUGCCUUUGUACGCAUCCAUUUCCAUGCUGUUUGUAUUUAUCCCACCGUGUAUGGAUGGUACAUGUGUCACUUCUCAGUGGGUUUAAUGUGUAUCCAGGCGUCGCAAAGGUUUUCUCUUAUU